AUGACGGAAGUUUGUGGAAGGAAACUAGGUUUAGCACGACAGAAAUGUAAUUUAGUGGUUCGAGGGAUGUCUGACGUGCAGGUAGCAUCUAUUAAGUCUCACGUCAAUUUAAACCUGCGUCCUGUAAGAAGCAGUACUCCUGAAAUAAACAUCAAUGCUUAUGUGGUUCCUCGGAUAACAGGGUUAUUACCAUCAAAACGCGUAUGGAAAGCCGAAUGGAAACAUCUAAAGGGACUCGAGUUGGCAGAUCCCAGGUAUGACGAGCCAAUGUCAGUAGACAUUUUACUCGGCGCUGAUGUCGUUCCCUACGUUACUCGAAGUGGUCGUAGAGAAGGUACAGGGACGGAGCCGGUAGGGCUUGAAACUGUGUUUGGAUGGACACUCAUGGGAAACACCGGAACUGCAACAAUAGAGACAGCCAACACAUUCGUAACUGCAUUGGAGGAGAUUGAUUCAACACUACGUCGUUUUUGGGACCUGGAAGAACUACCAAAAAUUCAGCAUCAGACCCCCGAAAACAUAAAAUGCGAGGAGUUAUACACCACCACAACUGCAAGGAGACCAGAUGGUCGAUACGUGGUGCAUCUUCCAUUCAUACAAAACCCACCACAUCUGGGAGAGUCCCGAGCGAUGGCCACGCAGCGGUUACACAAACUCGAAAUUCGACUAGAGAAGUCUGAGGAACUCCGUCAGCAGUAUAAUGUAGCUAUGCGAGACUAUCUCGAUGCUGGUCAUAUGAAACCAGUUGAUUCAACUGAGACUAUGACUUCACACUCCUACUAUACUCCACACCAUGUAGUCCUUAAGCCCGAGAGUUUAACUACAAAAGUACGGGUAGUGUAUGAUGCGUCUGCAGUUACUUCCAAUGGAAAAUCUUUGAACGAUUGUCUAUUUCCUGGACCCAAACUUCAGCAAGACUUGUCGGGGAUUUUAGUACGAUUCCGAUUACAUUCCAUAGUAUUCACUGCAGAUAUAAGGCAAAUGUUUCGCCAAAUCGAUAUCACUGCCGAACACCAUGCGUAUCAGCGACUUCUAUAUCGUUUUCAGCCUACAGAUCCAGUGCAAGUGUUUGAAAUGACAACCGUAACGUUUGGACAGCGUUCCUCACCCUUUUUGGCCAUUCGAACCCUACACCAAUUGGCCGCGGAUGAAGCCGCAAACCAUCCAGAAGUUCAAAAGGUUAUCUAUACUGAUCUUUACGUGGAUGACGUAGCAACUGGAACGAAAUGUGAAGAAUCGGCUCUUCGACUGCAGCAAGAUUUAAUUAAUGUGUUCAAGCGAGGAGGCUUUGAUCUACGAAAAUGGUCUAGCAAUUCCAUUGCUCUGCUUGAAGCUGUACCACCCGAACACCGACAAACCGAGGCAGUGACCUUUGAUGAGCCAACAUCAGACUACACAAAAGUACUUGGGUUAAAGUGGGAGCCCAAAAAUGACACGAUAGCGUACCAGUAUCAACCUAAUCCGGUGAGGUAUAGUAAACGAGCGAUUUUGUCCGAGAUUGCUCGAAUCUAUGACCCGAUAGGUCUUUUGACGCCGGUAAUAACCAACCUAAAACGGUUGAUGAAGUAUUUAUGGGCCCUAAGAAUUGGUUGGGAUGAUGAUCUGCCAGUAGUGGCCAAGGAGGCGUGGACAAGAUAUCACGAUGAGUUGCCUUUUAUUGCUUCAGUGUGUGUGGCCCGGCGGAUUACCGUCGAGGAUGCCAACUACGAACUCCAUGGAUUUUGCGAUAGUUCGGAGAGUGCCUACGCCGCCGCUGCUUACCUUCUAGCACGCACAUCUAACGGUCAGAUCCAAGUUCACUUAUUAAUGGGCAAAUCUAAAGUGUCUCCGGAGAAGAAACUGUCGAUUCCUCGACUUGAACUUUGUGGAGCACUACUAUUAGCACGUACGAUCGAUUAUCUCCGUUCUAAUCUGAAGUCAUUACCGAUUGACCAGUACUAUGCUUGGACUGACUCUAUGGUGACUCUUGCCUGGAUCAAUACCCCAUCAGCUAAUCUUAAAACCUUUGUCGGUAAUCGGGUUGCGAGAAUCCAAGAACUUACUUCACAAAAGAUAUGGAGGUACGUUCCAUCGGCACAGAACCCCGUAGAUUGCGCAUCACGUGGUCUGACACCCAGCGAAAUUGUUGACCAUCCUCUGUGGUGGAAUGGUCCGACAUUUCUUCGACAACCAUUGGAUACUUGGCCACAACAGGCAAAUAUGUCAGAUACAGAUCUUGUCGAGAAUCAAUCUGAAGAAAAGUUGAUUACCUUUGUUACGGUGAAUAGUGGACUGUAUUGUAGUUGA